GCCCGGAGGAUUUAUCACCAUUUUUAUGAAACUUUCAUUCUUCGAGCACGUGCCUUUAUCAAUCAAAGAACUCUCCCGGGGACAAUGGAAGAUUUGGGGACAGUACUCUUGUUCAUUCACAGGUUCACAGUCAUGUCUGGCUCGUGCGUAAAGUGGAGCGCUGCGCGCGGGUGCGUAAAUGGACACCAGCGCGCGUGAGGUGAAGAAGCUCAAAAUGAUCGCGUGUAUGAAUUAAGGAUGGGCGAGAAUCUUCCAGAGGCUAACUCCAGCGGCAACUUGACCCCCGCGGUGUCCGAGGCUGGGAGCGCGCUCCCGGGCUACCUGGUGGUGAUCCUCUCGGUCCUCAUGGUGACUCUGGUCGUCGUGGUGGUUGCUGGGAACGCGCUGGUCAUCAUGGCUUUUAUUGUGGAUAAAACCCUGAGGACCCAGAGCAACUACUUCUUCCUGAACCUGGCCAUAUCGGAUUUCCUCGUGGGGGCGUUUUGCAUCCCCGUGUACAUCCCGUACAACCUGACGGGCCGCUGGAUGCUGGGUAAGGGUCUCUGCAAGGUGUGGCUGGUCAUGGAUUACCUGCUCUGCUCCGCCUCCGUCUUCAACAUCGUCCUCAUCAGCUAUGACCGCUUCCUGUCAGUCACACGAGCAGUUAAGUACCGAGCUCAGAGGAACAUGUCCCGCCAGGCUGUAUUAAAGAUGGUGGCUGUGUGGGUGCUGGCCUUCCUGCUCUACGGCCCCGCCAUUAUCUUCUGGGAGACGAUCAGAGGUCAGAGUGUCGUCCCUGCCCACGAGUGCUAUGCUGAGUUUUAUUUCACCUGGUACUUUCUGCUCAGUGCCUCUACCUUCGAGUUCUUCACGCCGUUUGUGUCUGUGGCAUUUUUCAACCUCAGCAUUUACCUGAACAUCCACCGCAGGAACAAAACCUUAGGAGCCCUUCACGAGGACGAGGUGAAGGUCCAGAGGAUCAGUAAGAAGCACAAAGACGGCACCGGCUGGUCCGUGUUUUUCGUCAAGACUCGGAAAGUGUCGUGCAGCGAGCCGACAGCGAUCUCACCGGUCAUCGAGGACGAGGACGUGGCGUCCUCCAGCGGGGACCCAACCACCAGUCAGGUCCUCAUGCAGAGGGAGAAGCUGUCUCCCAACAGGAAGAACUCCAGACUGUUUCAGCACUCGGCUUCCUGCAUGGCACCCAGAUGCAGGACGCAGGGGUCGCGCCUUACCCGGGACAAAAAGAUAGCCAAAUCUCUGGCCAUCAUCGUGUGUAUUUUUGGGGUUUGUUGGGCUCCCUACACUCUGCUGAUGAUCAUUCGGGCUGCCUGCAGCGGUAAAUGUGUGCCAAACUACUGGUACGAGAUUACAUUCUGGCUCCUGUGGCUGAACUCGGCCAUCAACCCGUUCUUGUAUCCGCUGUGCCACAGCAGCUUCCGAAGGGCUUUCUCUAAAAUCCUGUGUCCGAAGAGACAAUCAGUGCAGCCUCAGAUGGAGGCUCAGUCCUGCUAGGCGAUCUCUGUUGCACUUCCAUGCUUUAUGAAUGCAGAACCUGCUGUUUGUCAAACACUGUAAAAACCAUCAACUGUUCUUCCAUCAGAUUUAUCCUGUUUUUAAAAAGGAGAGAAAUGUUUGUGUAAGGGGAAAACCCAGUAUUUUUGAACCUGAGAGCUCUUUUCACACACUCUC